AUGGAGGACCUCGAAGAUGAAUUAGACUUGCGCUAUCAUCGAGGGCUGCAGCCUGAUGUCUAUUACCGCUGUCCGACUUUAGAGUCGCUGAACGCGGCAUUGUAUACAGAGGUUGAAAAGAACGCCUCUGCCUUGAUACCUGUAGAAACCGUGACCGAGUUCAUCUUUGGAGCAGCUUCGACCAUCACAAUCCCCGUGGGCCAACAACCAUCUCUAAACGAACUCAUCGAGCCAGCCGAGUACCUGCAGAGCAUCACAGUCGACUAUGCGCUCUGCCGUGAUAUCGACGGUAAAGAUCGACUCAAGGUGCAGCGUGCCAUUGCGAGAUCCAUCAUUGAAGCAAUACAAGACGCCGACGGCUUCAAGUACGCAGAGAAGUCAGCACAGAGUAAAGAUGGUGGCGACGGUGCCCGAUUUAAUGUUCAAUUCAAGAACAAGAGAAGCCACAAGAAGAAAAAGGAGAAGCCAGAGAACAGCGACGAUUGUGAGGCCCAGCCCAAGAAAGAGGGCGAUCCACAACUGCAAGGAUAUGGUUGCGGUGGUGCUAUCCAUAUCAAAUUCUCCAUCAAACGCGAAGCCAUCAACGUACCCGCCAGCCGAAGAGAGGCAAUGAACAAUCAAUCGAUGAACGGCAACAAAGAGCAGAAGAAGAAACGGAAAAAGAAGGACCAAGAAGAUGUUGAGAACAACUACCGGGAUCCAGAUCUUGACAUGUCAACUUCGCCCGAAGCACCGAGAGCUGCUACAAAGAACAAGCGCAAGAAGGACGCUUCAGCAGCUUCUGCAGAGUUGUCCGCAAAGAAAGACAAGAAAAGCAAGGAAGCUCUUUCUCCCUCAGCAUCACGGAAGAAGACCCAAAUUCUAGAGCCGUCUCCACCUCCGAUGCCAGUCAGAGGAAAAGCGUGCAUUCGAUGUCGCGAGAAGAAGAUAAAGUGCAACGAAGGCAAACCGACGUGUAAUCAGUGCAAGAGAGGACUCUGGACAUGUCAGUACGAAGUGACUGGCGCAAAGAAGCGUUCCAAGAAUGGCUGCAUAAACUGCAAAGCCAGGAAGCGCAAAUGCACAGAGGAGAGACCUUCAUGUGCGCAUUGCCUGCGUUUGGAUGACGACUGCGAAUAUGUCGAUUAUUCUUGA